AUGGCUGAUCCAGGAUUUCAUAUACCCUCUGAUAUCGAUAUACUGAUAGGAGCUGAACUCUACCACAGUAUAAUCGAUGGGGGGAAGGACGUGGAUUGCAACAAACCAAUGGCUAUCAAUUCACAAUUGGGUGUACUGAUAGGCGGAGGACGAACAAGGAAUAAAACUGAGGUGAAAUUGUAUAAUUCUCAAGUAAAUAAAUCAAUUGAGAAGGACCAGAGCUUGAAACUGGAUUCAUUAUUAAAAGGUUUUUGGGAAAUGGAAAAAUUCCAGGACUCCCCAUUCCUUAGUGCUGAAGAAAAACAGUGUGAGGAACAUUUCAAAAAUACAGUACAAAGAAAUAAAGAGGGUGUAUUCAUUGUGAAGUACCCAAUUAAAAUUCAUAAAGUGCAAUUAGGGGACUCUUUAAAUAUUGCAAUAAAUCGUUUCAACGAAGUUGACCGACGUCUCCACAAAAAUGAACAAUUUGUUAAAGAAUACAAAAAGUUUAUGGACGAAUAUUUGAAUUUAGGCCAUAUGGUAGAAGUACCACCGCCAAAUAAAGAUAGCACGUUUAGAUGUUAUCUCCCCCAUCAUUUUAUUGUGAAGGAAUCGUCAACCACGACAAAAUUUCGUGUAGUUUUUGACGCGUCCGCCAAAACGUCUAAUGGAUUAUCGUUAAAUGAUGAUCGGUCCGUCACGUCAGGUCCGUAUUUGGCCACAAAAGUGUUACAAGAGUUGGCGAAUCAGCACAACUUUGAAAUUAUAUCAAAAAUAUUAAAGCAAGAUUUCUACAUGGAUGACCUGUUGUCUGGCGUAAACAAUGAAGAAGAUGCCAUUAAAAUUCAGCAGGGAAUCAGAGAAUUAUUACAAUUAGGAGGUUUUUCAAUUAGGAAAUUCACCUCAAAUUCAGAAAGAGUGCUUUCAUCUAUACCAGAAGAGUUGAGAGAAACAAAAACGUUGUUAGCUUUCGAUAAGGACGCCACCAUCAAGACCCUUGGAAUCUACUGGAACCCAGUGGAUGAUUCAUUCGGAUUCAAAACUGACAUGUUCAAUAAUUGCUCCAAUAAAUCGUUAACGAAACGAGUUGUUCUGUCAGAAAUAUCAAAGCUAUUUGAUCCCAUAGGAUGUGAUGCAUCUGAAAAAGCAUACGCAGCCGUAGUAUACUUGGUCUCAUAUGAUUCGAAUGGGAAUGGAUUAUCGUACUUAGUGGCAUCAAAGACAAGAGUUGCCCCAGUGCAAAAGCAGUCGUUACCCAGGUUGGAACUAUGUGGAGCCGUCUUACUUGCAGAAUUCAUGCCGUCAGUCGCAAAAGCAUUAAAAAUCAAGUUCACACGGAUGUUUGCGUAUACAGAUUCCACAUUAGUACUUCGAUGGGUGCAAUCCGAGCCAUAUAAGUAUCAUACCUUCGUCGCCAAUCGUAUUUCAAAAAUUCAAGAAAAUUUACCAGCGGAAAACUGGGGAUUCCUCCGUGGUGUGGACAACCCAGCUGAUUGUGCAUCUCGAGGAAUUACCGUAAAAGAAUUAAUAAACCACCAAUUAUGGUGGAAUGGACCAAGCUGGUUGGUUGAAAAAAUUGCCGAACCAGUACUUCCAGAAGAUUUUCAACACGUGCCCGAUCCAAGGGACGAAAAACGUGAAAAUAUUAUCUGUCAGAUGACAACAAUUAAUUCUAAACAAGGCGUUGUAACUGGAAAUAAAUUAACAAGUGGGAUAUCUACGAAUGAACUUGAUGUCGCAAUAAAAAAGUGGAUUGUUAUCAUUCAAGGAGAAGAAUUUAACCAAGAAAUCGUGCAGCUACAGAAUGGAAAACUUUCUAAUAAAAGUAGACUGUUACAGUUAAAUCCAUUUCUGGACAAAGAACACAUUCUUCGUGUGGGGGGAAGGCUCGCACAUGCGAAGAUGUCUCCAGAUAAAAAAUAUCCCAUGCUUCUACCCCAGAAGCAUAGGUUAACAUCCUUAAUAAUUGAAGAGGCCCAUUUACUAAACUUACAUGCAGGGCCGCAAGCGCUACUAUCGUAUCUACAACAAAAAUAUUGGAUUGUGCGAGGAAAGGAUGCAAUUAGAAAAGUAAUAAGAAAUUGUAUAGUAUGCACAAGAUUGAGAGCGGAAACAAUGGAGCAGAUGAUGGCUAAUCUGCCGUCAUUUCGAAUAAAUCCAGCCCCACCGUUCAAAAAUUGUGGAGUGGAUUAUGCUGGACCGUUUCUAAUUAAACCAAUUACACCGAGAAGUAAGAUAACUUUGAAAGCUUAUUUAUGCAUCUUCAUCUGUUGUGCUACGAGGGCAAUUCAUCUGGAAAUCGUGAGUGAUGCUAGUUCGAAUGCAUUCAUAGCAGCAUUACGAAGAUUCACAGCACGAAGAGGCAAGCCGUCGGACAUAUAUAGUGACGAUGGAACAAAUUUUGUCGGCGGAGAUAAAGAAUUAAAAGAAUUUAUAAAGCUAUCAAAAUCAAAUAAUCGUAAUCAGAAAAUAUUCCAGAUUCUUGCCGAUGAAGGAAUUACAUGGCACUAUAAUCCACCAGCCGCGCCACAUUUUGGAGGUCUUUGGGAAAGCGGAGUGAAGUCAGUUAAGCAUCAUUUAAAAAGAGUUAUGGGAUUGCAGAAUAACCUAGAAUAA